CACUACCCAUUUGUCGGUAGCAUAAUGGCUUCAUGUGCUGUAGCCUGCUUAGCGUAAGGUAUCGAGGUAACUAAAAUGCCCGGCUGCACACAAGGUACCACCCGCUAUUUUGAGCGAGGUGGUACCACCUAUCGGUAGUACUGUAUGUAUCUAAGUAGGGAUGUAGGUACCUACUGAGGCUUAAGCGGGAUCCAGGGAUGCCUGCCUACACCUACCCUAGGUAGGUAGUACAUAGUAGGUUGUACCCAGGUUGGUUGCAGUCAGUCAGUCAGUCAGUCACUCACUCACUCACUCGCUCAAGUCUAGAACAUAGCUUAAAGCCGAAUCCCACCAACGGCCCUGUCAAUGCCAUGUGCGUUUUGUCUGUUUCAAUAAUAAUGCUGACUUGCGUACAACACACAGACCUGUUGAUGUGCUACCCUUCUUUCCCCCUUCUUCGAUCUCUCUUAGUUUCCCAGAGUUCGUGUAUUCCAUGCCUACUUUUGCCCAGGUAGUCUAGUUCCUUGCCUCCCCCGACUCGCACCAAUCAAGAGAAGAACCCAUCGCAUAUGUCAUUGUCUGCUCCUCUAUUUCCUUUUCUUUUUUCCCACGACGACCACGACAGCCGCGACGAGAGACACAACUGCUCCGACUAGCCGCACGCACUCACGACGCCAUGGACCAUCUCAGGGUUGACCCCGGGACCUUCCAGAUUCCGGGCAUGCAUCCUCCGCCGUUAAUGAACCAACCGCCACCCAUCUUUGGCGCCUAUGGCCAUGAUGGUCUACCGGUCCUACCUCCGGAGCUCGCGGCUCAGAUGGGGUUUGACCCCUCGGCGCUACUCGAUGAUGUGAACGAGGCAAAGAGAAGGAGGAUUGCGCGGGCAUGUGAUAUGUGUCGGAAAAAAAAGAUCAAAUGUGAUGGGAAAAUGCCGGCUUGCACUCAUUGUAUCAAUUAUAAGACAGAUUGUGUCUUCACGCAGGUCGAGAAGAAGCGAAGUCCACCGAAAGGUGCUAAGUACAUAGAAGGUCUUGAGAAUCGCCUCGGACGGAUGGAAAGUUUGCUCAGAUUAUCUGGCCUCCUCGGCGAGGAUGACGAAGCGACAGAUCUUGCAACCCUAGAAAAACGCCUCGCUGAAAAGCAACAUCAGUCUAAACAUGGAUCCAUUACCUCACAAGCAUCGCACUCGAACCCAACCUCUCCAUCUCAGACUACAUCCGGUCCUGAUGGUUUAGACUCAGCCCCCCAGAGCGCGUUAACCUCACCUGAGCCAACAAAGGAGCGAGACUUUAGGAGAGACCGCUCCCCAUCUACGGACCUUAAAAACGAGGAGGAAGUCGAGGCCUUAUCUGAAAUGAUGUGUUCAUUGGUAACGAACCAGGAGGGCGAGACAAGAUACAUAGGAUCAUCUUCCGGGUUUUCCAUCUUCUCACCGAAAGGCGUUCAGUGGGUCAAUGAGAAGAUAGGAGACACCUCUUUCCAGCAAAUGAUUUCGGAGGUUUCCCUGGACGAUCAUAAAUGGACUCAGUGGAAGCAAGAAGUUUUUGCCGAUCUUUUUCAUCGACCUGUCUACCGGCCAUUGCCGCCUAAACCUGAAGCUUUAUCCCUGUUGAAAGACUACUUUGAGAACUUUAACUGCAUGUUCCCAUUAUUCCAUCAGCCUACAUUCAUGCACCUGGUGGAGAGGCAGUACUCAUCUAAUCCAUAUGAAGGGUCAGGCUGGUGGGCAAGUCUGAAUUGCGCUCUCGCCAUUGCCCAUCGCCUUCGAGUUAUGAGCAAUCUUGUACCUCAAGAAGAGGAUGAGAAAGCGUGGGCCUAUAUCAAAAACGCGAUGGGAGUUUUUAGCGAAUUAACAAUGCGCAACACCGAUCUUCUGAGUGUACAGGCCUUACUGGGCAUGGCAUUAUUCAUGCAAGGGACACCCAAUCCUCAACCAUCUUUCUUGCUCAUUGCCGCUGCCAUCAGAUCAUCCCACAGUAUUGGCCUUCACAAACGUGGUACCGGCUUCAACCUAAACCCCAUUGAAAUCGAACAGAGAAAGCGGGUAUUCUGGAUUGCAUAUAUGCUGGACAAGGAUUUGUGUCUUCGAUCGGGUCGACCACCUGCACAAGACGACGACGACAUGAAUGUGGAUCUUCCGGACGCUGAUCCUGCUGACCAUAUAGGCAAUAUUCCUCUGGCUGACGGCAAAGGCAAAAUGAACCUAUUCCGUGUUAUGUGCGAAUUAACAGUAAUCGAGAGCAAGAUUUACAGGAGGCUUUACUCUACAAAGGCGACAAAGUUGUCAGAUGGCGAACUAUUACAUACAAUUGGAGAACUCGAUAAGGACCUAGAGACUUGGAAGGAUAGUAUUGACAUUGCUUACCGCCCAGAGCACGAAAUUAAAGCGUCUCAUACACCCUUAAUCUUGCAUAUUGCCAUGCUCCAUUUCGCGUACUAUAACGCCCUCACUACCAUCCAUCGCAUGUCCAUACAUCAUGGUUUCUGGACGAGCCGACUAGCAAACUACGCCAUUCAAGGCCUAAAUGCGAGGCCGCUGAAUCCAAGAGUAUUCUCUUCAGCUGCGCUUUGCGCAUCUGCUGCAAGGGCUACAAUUUCCUUGCUAAAAUACAUUCCACAGGGUGACUUUUCUUGCGUCUGGAUGGCUCUAUAUUUUCCCGUUUCAGCGUUGGUUACACUAUUUGGGAACAUAUUGCAAAACCCGAAUGACCCACGCGCACGAUCUGAUACGCGACUGAUGAAUUUGGUGGUGACAUUUCUGUCGACCCUGGGCCAAGAGGCCGAGGUUGGUGGUGUCCACCGCAUGCUUGGCGUGUGUGCAGAAUUUGAACGCAUUGCCAAAGUCGUAAUAGAGAAAGCUGAACGGGAUGCGGCAUCCCGGAAAAAAAGGAAGCCCGCCGACUUGAACAGACAGGCGAGGGACAGUGUAAGUUAUAGUGUGACAUCCACUACGACUCCUCGCCCAUCCUCAUCGACAUCAACCCCGACGAUGAAUAUGUAUGGUGGCAACAGUAAAAGUAAUCCAGGAGUGGCACAGCUCUCACCAAAGUUCAACGGUGAGCAAAACCGACAAAACAAUGCUAGCGCUGCAACGACGCCGAGCAGCACUUCACAGUUUAACGGAAAUGGCAACAGCGGUUCCAACGGGUAUAGUCCAAUGAAUACGGCAGUAUCGGCCACUGGCUCGGCACCGCGCGGUGACGCGAGUGGCUGGCCAUCGGAGCACUUUGACCCGGUAGAUAUGGGGUCGUUUGCGGAACUGACAGGAUUUGGACAGCCAAUGGCAUCUCCCUCUACGAUGUUAGGAAGUAUGGGAAUGAAUGGGAUUGCGCCAGGGUUAACACCUGCAGGAAACAGUGCGACGGGACACCAGCCGACGCUGCCACAGGAUCUUUGGCAGCUACCCAUGACGCUUGACUGGGACUGGGCCGAGUUUACUGGUGGGCCGUAUCCUGGGUUCGAAAAUGGAAGUGCAAUUUAGAGCGGCUUCGAGCGAGAGAUGUUGAAGACUCUGUGAGAAUGAUGAACCCAAGCGGAGAACUGCGGCUUAGAGCCGAGAACGAAGUCAUGAUUGAUACGGCGACAGUGGCAAAACAUAACGGCAGAACAU